CCCCUUCACAGCGCACAUGAGUAAAGUUCUUUAUCAUGUGACACUGCUUAUUGGGUGUGGAUACGCCAUUAUUAGCUUACUAGCUAUAACACUCGUGCUCUACAAUAGCUACUCUUGAGAGGCUACCAGAUCAGAGGACAUGAGCAAGUUCAAGAGGGAAUUCAAGAACGUGGUGUACAACUACACGGAUGCGGAGGCCAAGGUUCGUGAGGCCACCUCCAACGAUGCAUGGGGACCCAGUAAUACACUCUUGACAGAACUAGCAGAGUACACCUUCCAUGUUCAAGCAUACGGUCUCGUCAUGGGCAUGCUGUGGAAGCGCCUUAAUGACCAUGGCAAGAACUGGAGACAUGUGUACAAGAGCUUGGUGGUGCUGGACUUCCUCAUCAAGUCAGGCAGUGAGCGCGUGACAGUACAGUGCAAGGAAAACAUGUUCUCCAUCCAAACACUCAAAGAUUUCCAGUAUAUGGACAAGGAGGGCAAAGACCAGGGAACCAAUGUUCGUGAGAAGGCUAAAGCGCUAGUGUCUCUACUCAAGGAUGAGGAGAGACUAAAGGAGGAGAGAAGGAGAGCACACCUGGCUAGAGAGAGGCAGAUUGCACAGGGCAACACUGCUAGUGCCUCCCCUAAGACUGCCACCAGGGUCAAGUUUGCAGAUGGUGCAGGAUCAACAAAUAGUGCGUCUGCCCCACCCCCCACUACUGGGGGGAGUCCCCAUAGACAAGUGCAGGACGUUGAACAAGCUAGACCCACACACAUGAGCGAGGAAGAGAUGCAGCUCAAUCUGGCACUGCAGCUAUCAAAGCAACACGCCGAGGAGGAAGAGAGACUUAAGAGCCAGGAGGAUGAAUCGCUGCGUGCUGCUAUAGCCCUAUCCAAACAAGAUGCUGGAGAUGAAGAGACCACAGUACCUAACGAUGAUGAUGACCAACCUCCUAAUGAUGGGGGCAACCUCCUCUUAGACUUCUCAGAGACAGGCAUAGCUGACCCCUGGAGCCAGACUGCUGGACCCCCUGCAGAGCCACCCCCCUCAUAUGAUACACUGGUUGAUCCGUUUGCUGGCACCUCUGAUCCCUUUGCUUCAACCAGUACGACCUCUGACCCCUUCGCUCCCGCCAGUAGUACAACCUCUGACCCCUUUGCUUCUGUCACUACAACCUCUGACCCCUUUGCUCCAGCCAGCAGCAGCGCAGGUAACGUGUGGGGUGGUGGUUGGAACAACAGCUCAGUGUCUCCUCAACCAAGCGCUGCAACACCGUGGGGUAUGGAGAAUGGAUCCAUCUCCUUGGGCAUCAACCAACCAACCACCUCUCUGUCUGCUAAUCCUUUUGACCUCUCAACUCUGAACUCUGACCUCCCACCCCUUAACAACAGUCAGACAAAGCCACAAUCACGAAUAGAGGAUCAGUUUCUGGGCACUAACUUUGGGAACCUUGUUGACCUGGACUCGCUCACAAUCCCGCCUCCCAUUCUGAACAAUCCUAACCCGUUUGGAACCACACCUCCGGCCAACCCGUUUGACUCCACCAAACCAACACCCCCUUCACUCAACCAGAUCGGCAACACAGGGUUCACUGCUCCAGAGCUGCUCCCUCCUCCGCUGGUCCCUACUGGGGGCAGUCCCUUGCCUGGAGGGUCACCAGUGUUCUCUCACACACCUAAGAGUCAGGUUAACCCCUUUAGCUGAAAGUACACUUGAGAUUGUUAUUCAUGUUGUCACAAACUAGUCAUGGUUGCUGUAUAGAAGUAGGAACACUCCACGUGUGCAUUACAUAAGAAUUCUUAUUUUUUGAUGACAAACUGUAUAUAUUGUGUAACAUAUCGUGUGUUUUUAAGACAUUUAUUAAUGCUGAA